AUGAAGAAAACGACUUUGAGUCCAGGGGGAAAAGAACGAUUCGAGGCCGCCCAGCAACUCGGCUGUUUUCCACGAAGCGGAGAUAAGAUGAGAAACUUACCUGGACCUUCUGGAGAAAGAGGAGGUGGGGAUAUCUUAAGGAAGACUGCCAAAGAUGUUUUCGACGAAAAAGAGAAAGAAAUUAAAGAAAUUCGAAGCUACUGGCAGGAAGAAUAUAAAAUCAAGGUCGGCGAGGUCGCUAAUCUUAAAGCUGCUCUUAAGGAAGCUGUUGAAUCGCGAAACACAGAGGUAGAAGAACUCAGAAUAUCCUACGAAAAUACAAUACGUGUCCAGAAUAGCGAGAUUUCCGAACUGAGACGUUCUCUAGAUGAACUUAUGGCGACCAGAGAGGAGAUUCUUGCCUCUGCGGAAAAAUCAACGGAAAGUAAGUUACGCGCGAAAGACGCAGAAGUGACGAGGUUGAGAAUCUGGCUCGAGGAGGCAAAAAAGUCCAAUGCUCAGGGAAGAGAGGUUUUGCAUUCGUACCAAGGAAGGCUGCGGGAUAAGGAAAUGCAGAUAGAAGAACUUGAAAAAUCAAACAAGGAGACUGUCAAGGCUCUGGAACAGGAAUUGGCCAAAUUAAAAGCGAUUUUAUCAGAGCUUAUCGAAGAAAAAAAUGAAGACAAUGAAAGUUCAAAGCGCACCCUUGAUAGCGUAAUAGAAGAAAAGGAAAAGCAGAUGGCGAUGAUUAAAGAAUCGUCAGAAAAUUUUAUAACCAUUAAAGUUGAAGAAAACGAACGAAAAGAAAAAGAUAUUCAACGCCUUCAAGCAGAGUUAACCGGUAAAGAAGCAGAAAUUGAGCUGUUAACAGAUUCUGUUACUAAAUUACAAAGUAUGAUAGUAGAACACAAGAACGAGAGGAAGAAACUGGAAGAAGCUUUACGUUCCGCUUCUGAGUCAAGUAAAAAUGAGAUGGAAGUGGUUCAUAAAUGCCAGCAGCAACUUUUAGAGCAGAAAGGAAAGCAGCUGAUAUCAACAGAAAUGAUGAUAAAAGAAAAGGACAGACGCAUAGAGGAAUUGUCUGCCAAACUCGGGUUCAUCGAGGCACAGUUGGCAAGCGAGCUGUCUCAGAAAGAGGACAAGAAAGAAAGCAAUUCAGAUAAACCUUUGAUGAAUGAAUUGAAUGACAAACAGGUGUUAUCAGGUGAUGUCCGAGCAAAAGAAGACAAAAUAAGCGACCUUCAGAAAAAGUUUGGGAUAGAAUCUCAGGAGAAACAACUCUUGCAGCAGGAAUGCAAUUCACUGAAACAAGACCUUGAUAACUGGAGAUGUGCAAUGAAGAUGAUAGAGGAGGAGAGAAAUUCCCUUGAGAAUGAAGUGAAACGAGUGGUAAGUGAGCUAGAGAAUAAGGGCAGCAUUUGUUGCGAACUUGAAUACAAGCUUCAGUCGUUAGACUCUGUUCGACUAAACCUUGAAGACGUGAUUGGCCAGCUUCGUAAAGAAAACGCGGAUUGCUCCCAAGAACAAAAGAGUCUGGAAUUUGUCAUCCGGGAGAGAGAUCGAGAGAACAACAUGUUGAAGGAAAAAUUGAUCAUUUCUGAAAGAUUUUCUUUGGAAAUGGAGCAUAGGGCUGCGAAAGAGCGGAAUAAAGCGGAUUUGAUAGAAAAAUUAGAAAAAAAGUUUGAAGAAACUCAGCAAGAGAAUGAGAAACUUAAGAUCGACCUUGAUGAGAGAGAGAAAGACGUAGCGAACUUAAGCAGCUUACUAGAAGAUACAAAACAGCAAGAACACAAACUGGGUGCGGAGCUGGAUCAGCUCUCUGAAGAGCUAGAAAUACUAAAAGAAAAGUAUGCACAAGGAAACGCUGAAAAAGAGGCGUUAGAGAGGUCUUUAACAAAUUCUGUUUCCCUGAAACAAAAAGAUCUUGACAUAUUGCAAGAACAAUUUGAUAAAAGUACCAGGGGUUGGAAAAAAGAGGUAGAGAAGCGGGAACAAUUCUGGAAAGAAGCCCUGAGAGCCAAAGAUGAUCUUCUGAAAGAGGUGAAAGUAUCCUUUGACGAAACGGGAAAGUGCAAAGAGGAAGAAAUUGAAGAACUUAAGAAAUCAUUGCAAGAAGCAAAAUGGGAGUUCCACUCAGAGAGAGAAACUCUGGAAAAAAGGCUAAAAUUUAGAGAGGAGGAGAUCUAUUUUCUUGAGGAGACAUUUGAAGGAAAUUUACGGGAAAAAGAAGAAAAGCUUGCGGGACUUGUAGCUGAUACCAAGGACAUACUACAAAAAAGCGACGAAAGGGAAAAAGAAAUGGAAAAAUGUAAGGCAGAAAUGGACAAACUGACGGAAAUACUGGAUCAGACUGAAAUACUGCGACUAAAGGGACAGGAGCUUACUGAAAGCAAGGAAAGAAUGGCAGAACUUGAAGUUAGCUUACGAGAGAGAGCAGAGCUAUUAGAGAAUGCUGAGACAGAAAUCAGGGAACUUCACUCCCGGGUAAACAAAGAAGAACAAAAACACGCUGUAGAAGUAAAGAGUGUAAUUCAGUCGGCCGAAGAAGGAUUCAAAGAAAGAGAAAAUGUUGCCGAAAGAAUGAAGGCUAUAAUACAAAAAAACGCCGUCAAAUAUCGUCUAGCUGUGCGAAAAAAGGAGGAUAUGAUUUCAGGUUUAAAGAGUACAUUGGAAAGUUUGGAAAAAGAUACAGCAGACAUGCAAGUCAACUUAGCGACUGUUAUCCAAGAAACAAGUGAAAAUGAAGCGAAACUAAAACACGAUUUGAAAGAACUUGAAGACGAAAAAGUAUCUCUGGAAAACAAGUUGUCUGAGCUGAAAAAAUGUUUGGAGAAGCGCGAUGAAGAGUUGAAAAUACAUGAUGAUGAAAAACAGAGGAUUCUAGAUUCGCUAACUCGCGAGAGGCUCAGUUGGAAAGAAUUAGAAGAAAUUUAUCAAUCGCUAAAAUUGGAAGCGGAACAAAAAGAGCAAACUUUGCGACAAAAAACACAUAAGUGUGAAGAUUUGGAACGAGAGUUAAAAGAUUUCAGUCAAGUGAAGUCUUUGUUGCAGUCGGCCAAAAGAGGAAAAGCUUUAUCAGAUGAAGCGAAACGAAAUCUUAUUCACCAGUUAGAUGUGCUGAAGCGAGAUUCUGAUGCGAAAGAGGGUAAAAUCGAGAUUUUGGUACAAAAGAUUAAGAUGCUCAAAAAGAACCAUUUCGAAACAGCUCAAAAGCAGGAAAAGCUGGAAGAAAAUGUGGUCACUUUACAGAUUAAGCUAAAUGAGAGAGAGACAGAGAUAGAUGAGUUGGAGAAAGGUCGAGCAAUCACAGAAGAGGAAGCAUCCCGGCAACUGGAGCUUCUGGAAGACAUGAGACUAAAAAAGGAGGAAGUGGCAGAACAGUUGACGGAACUUAAGGAAGUAGUAAAUUCACAAAAGGCAGAAUUAGGGGAAGCAAAACGGAAAGAGAAUGAGUUAAAACAGGUUGUUCAAGAGCUAAAGGAAAGUUUAAAUGAAAACGAACUUAACACCAGAGCGCUCGUUUCAAAUUUCAAGGAUAGCAAAGCCGACAAUGAAAGAACCUGCUCAGAAUACGAAAACUUCAAGACAUCUGCACUGACAAAGCAAGACCAUAUGCAGAAUGAAUUGGAUUAUUUGCACUCCAAAUUGGACAGACAUGAAGAAUUGCUUGCCUUGCUAAAGAACGAGAAGGAAAGUUUGUUAUCAGAACUUGACAAGACUAGACAAGCCGAUCACAAUACCAGAGCAACAUUUGAAUAUUAUGUUGUAAAUCUUAAAGGAGAGAACGAUAGCCUUUCACAGAAGAUUUCGUCUUUGAAUGAAGAAUUGAAGCUCAGAGUUGCAGAUAAUUCAGAGCUUCAAACUACCCUAACUUCUGCUAAUGUUUCAAAAGAUUUUCUGUUGCAGGAAAUUGAGAAUUUGAAAGUUUCUUCCUCGGCUAAAGACGCGAGCUUGUGUGAGACUCACAAAUCGCUGGAGGCUAUUCAAAAGAAGGAAAGCUCCCUGGAACACGAGGUAAAGAGUUUGGAGUUUAGGCUAAACCUUGAAAUGAGCGAGAAGAAUAAUUUGAUACAGAAUUUCGAAGAAGUGAAAAAUACAACUAUACAAUUAAAGCAAAAAAUGGACGACGUGCUUCUGGAAAAGGAGAACAUGAUAAAAAGUUUGGAGAAAAUGAUGCUUCGAACGAAACAAGAAAGCGAAAGUCUUAAGGCACAGCUCAAAAAGUACGAUGCCGAACUGAGGGCCGACAAGAAAUGUGUUGCAGGUCUUUUGGAAAAGCGAAAAGAGAUGAGUGCUCAAAUUGAAUCGCUGAGAAAGGAUAAAGAAAUCUUGUCAGUCUCUCUCAAAGACAUGGAUAUGCUUCCGGUAAAACUCAAGGCUACGCAAGAAUCAUUAGACAAGACGAAAUAUUUGCUUAAAGCUGUGAAAGAAGAGUUGAAAGAAAAGACAGAAGAAAAGAACUACCUGUCAAAAGCUGUUCGUGACUUGGGGUCCACGAAUGCAGAGUUAAAGGAAAAACUUGAGGUGCAAACUACAAUUAAAGAAGCUGAAUUGACAUUAAUGAGGAAACAGCUUGAAGACAAAAAUAAAGAGUUCUAUGAUCUUAAAGUGGCUAAUCAAGGAUUUGGAGAGUUCACUCAAGAACGAGACAACCUUUCAUCAAUCAGUAGCACGCAGGUAUGAGUUUCCGAUGUACAUAUAACUUUACCAAAUGAUCAGUUACAACAAGAAAUUAAUGUAUUGCAAGACAGGAAUAAGACUGACCUCACUAACUUAAAAAAGUCUCUCGAUGAUGCUAUUGAAAGGGAAAUAUUCGUGCGAGAUAAGUGCAUCGGGAACCCCAGUGCUCACACCACUGAAAAAGUAGACAACAAAACAGCUCAGAAACUAAAGGGACUUUACCUCAGGGUAUCCGAACUUGAGACGCAAUUAGAGCGAGAAAGAAGCGAACAUUUGUCGUCCAUCGCGCGUGCUCGAGAACAAGGAAGAGCUUUAUCACAAGAGGGUUGUGAGCUCAACAAGGUUUAUUAA